AAAAUAAAACAAUUGCUUUUCAUUUUAGUCUUUAAUUCUUUCAGUUCUGUCAUACAUUUUUUUUUGUCGUUCUUGUUACAUGAUUUUAGAUUAUUAAUUAAAUUUGUUAUUCAAUUUUUAUAAUGCUCCGUCAUACGUGAUGUACCCUCAACGUUUAUUUUUUAUCUAGUCCUUAUCAUCAGUGAAUAUCGGGGCGUACUGUCUUAACGCCGACUAACUCUGUAUGGCCAGCACAAUCCUAGACGGUUGUCGUAUAUUCGAAAACGCCACUUUGUGAACUGUUUUUUAAUUAUUUAUUUAUUUUAGCAUGAAUCAAAUGGACAGCGGAUUGGCCGAAGCGAUGAAAAAUAUAGUUCCUAAAGGGCUUCCGGCUGACAUGAAUUCGGCGUUUAGUGGCUAUGUGACUGAAAAACUGUACAUGUUGCUACAGCUCUAUUUGCAAAAUAAGGGAUGGAACAGUAUAGAAUUAUUGAAAAUAUUCUCUGAAAUGAAAGAUUCAUCUGUAUUGCCUAGUGCUUCUUACCUACAAAUGAUGGCUUCGAGAGUGUCAUUAGAUAGUCAAGCAAGAUUAAUCCUUCGAGAAAAUGGCAAAAUUAUUUUACCCUAUGAACAUUUUGCAAAUGCGGUAAUGUUAAAGCAUAUGAAUGGACCGCAUGGAUUACAUUUGGGUGUUGAAGGAACUGUUCGAGCGGUUAUGGAUUCCUAUACAAUUGGCCGUGAAAACUUUGGUAUGGAAAAAGACUUUAUUAUUGAAGUUGUACAAAAUUGUCCAAACCCAGCAUGUCGUUAUUACAAGACUCAAUUAGAUUUAUCUCAACACACUAAACAGUCAAAUUACAUGAACUCUUCAAAUUCUGGUGUGAAUAUCCCAAUUGGUCGUGAAAGUCCAAGUAUAUCAAUGAGUCAGAUGAUUAGUCAGCAAUUAAGUGCACAUGGUUUGGCACCUUCUAGUACUCAACCACAACAACCACAUUCAGCGCCUGUUGAUCUAACUGGACCAACUCCACAUCAAGCUCCUGAAAUACCGAAUCCAAUGCCUAUACAUGUACCUCAGGUUCCAAAAACUGUAAGUGCAAGACAAGCACAGCACAAUAAGUUGGCAGAUUUUUUAAAGGCCAAUCUUGAAAAUCUAGACAAUAAAGAUUUAAUGGCUGCUCAUGACACAACUUGGCCUGAAGUUUCAGAUAACCGUAAAGGUCAUUUAGAUGCUGGCCAAGAAAAAAUAAUCAGAGCAUUCUCGGAAAUAAUGAAAAAUAUGAAUAGAAUGAAAGCAUGCGUGAGACCAGCUAUGUGUAAACCUUACGGAAAACAAUCUGAAUCAUUACAAAAAACAUUGAUUGAUACAAUUCAACUUGUUCAGUCAUUAAGAUCAUUUCUUCCUCCACCACAUAUUGCUGUCAGUAGUUGGAAAAAUGAAGAUAAACAUGGGUUAAGAAAAACUGUUUUAGACAAUUCUAAUCAAACAGUUUCGGCAGCUGCCAAUUUUAAAGAUCUCUGUGAUGCAAUGUCUCGUAACAAGCAAAAUUAAGAGUUCGCAUUAAACUUGCGAAAAGUAAAACUUUUCAACUAUUUUUAUCAACUUUCAAAAAUUGCUUUUAUUUUAUUUUUACGUCUAGUCAAAAUUCCCUAUUUUCCUCUAAAUUAAUGGGAAAAUUUGUUUGUUUACCUGGAGGAUCUUACCAUUUUAUUUAAAUUAAAUCUUUUUAAUGUCUCCUUAUGAGUGUCUUCUAGUUUGAGGUAUUUACCUAUAUUUAUUUAAUAUAAAUUUAAUAUUCUGUUGAACUAUUUGAAUUCAACAACUAUUAUAAAUUUUUUGUAUACAUGUUAUCAAUAUGAUAUCAAAAUGUAUGUUGCCAAACUUUUAUGUUUUGUUUAGUUUCAAAAUAUUCAUGCCAUAAUAGUAACCUAAGUAUACAUUAAAUAUUUAAUCAUUUUUUUUGAUUAGGAUUACAUAAUUUACUAAUUAUAUAAUUAUUAUAAGGAAACGCUUAUUUUAAUAAUUAUACAUUGACUGUUUAAUGUUAUAUUGAAUUGAUGUUUUAUCUAUUGAUUUUAGUUGCCAAUUAUUUUAACCUGUAAGCACUUGUGUAUUCACUUAUUAUUUACCAAGUUAGUUUUUUUUAUUAUUUAGUGAGAAACUUUUUGCUUUCAAUUUAAUUAGGUAGCAGAUUAGAAAUACAUAUUUACAAUAGUAUAUAGCCAAUAUCGUUUGAAUUAUUUUUAUCAUGUUUUGUAUCAAUGGCUGUCAGUUACAACACUUAACACUAUAUAUAUAUAUGUUACUUGUUUUAACUGUGUUAAGCAUUUAAUAGAUGGUAAUAAUAAUAAUAGAAUUUGUGCGUUAGGCAAUUUGUAUUAAAAGUAAUAGUAGAAUUUUUAUCUCAUAAUAUGUUCUUCUUAUACAUACAUAUUAUUUAAGUGUUUACUGGUUAAAACUAUAAAAUAUUUUAAGUACAUUUAACUCUCAGUAACUUAAACUAAUUUAACUUAAGCCUUUAAAGAAAGGAAAACAGAUAAAGGUAAAUAUAGUUUUCUUAAUAUCAAGGUUAAAGUGAUUGAGAGUUAGUUGUACUAUUAUUUUAUUCAAAGUGGUGUACUGAUCUAAAAUUAUUUUUUUUUUUUUGGUUAAGAAUUUUUGUUAUUUAUUUUAUUAAUACAGUUAAAUUUAUUCUCAGAAUAACUGUCAUAAAAUGUAUACUUGGUUUAACAAAUGAAAUGAGUUAUUCGAUUGUCAAAUCUAACUCCAUGACUUUUUAGACUAAAUCGAAGGGCUAUGUAUCAUUUAAUUUGCCGAAUAUAUACCUAAACAUUAAUACCACGCUAGUCAACAAUAACAUCUUUCAUACUAAUUGGUGGUCUAAUUUUAUUAUUUUAAAAUAGUUAAUGAUGCCUGUAUAUUUAAUUUUUAUAUACAUAAUAUACGUAAAAUUGUAAAAUUUAAGUGUGCAAAUGUGUUAUUUUGCAAAGUCACAUGAAAUUAUUAUAACUUAUUUUAUUUCUAUGUAAAUGUAAUUUUUUUUUUUAAUAUUAAUACUAAGUGUUCCAACAUAGUUGUCUAAGUCCUAUAUACUGUUUAAUGUUUUUAUCUUCAUAAUGAGUUAAUGUUAUAAGCUCAAUGAUUGUUGGUUGUUUAAACAUCUAAAACAAAAUUUUAAAUUAUCUUUAUGUAUAGCAUAUAUGUAUUUAUUUUAUAUACAUAAAUUACAAAUGGAUUUCGCUAUAUCCCUUUUUAUUCCACCAUACAUUUACUUUUAAUGAUUUUAAUAAAAACUUCUAUUCGUGUAGGCUUAAUUUUGUUUAUUUGUAUAAUGUUACACCAAUAAACCAUUAAUGCUCAAUGUUUAAAUAACAGCAGCGUAACGGUUAUAUUUCUAUAAACAUUUUUACAUGUUUGUAACUACAGUAUUUGGGAAACACAGUACCCAUGAUUUAUUGAUUUUUUUUUUUCAUUUCGAUGUUUAAAAAUGAACCCAGCGAUUUGAUUGUGUAAAAUGUAUGGUUAAAAUAGAUUUUCAUUUAUCAAGAGAUUGGCAAUAAUUGUAAACAACAAUGUAAACGUUAAGCUACAACAACGGAUGUAGGUAUAGAUAUUGUUACUGGCAACCAACACUCAACAGUAUAAUAGGUGAAUGUGAUUUGUGUGUUAAAAUGUAAUUUAUUUUUAUUACUAUUAUUUUAUUAGUAUAUGGUAAUAUUUUAGUUGUCUUAAUUUGAAAAAAAAACGUAUCUGUGAUCUUUCCUAAUCCAUUCUUUAAUUUUUACCAAAUCCAAAAUUUGAUCUCAUAAUAUUUUCGACAUUAUUUUCCUAUUUGUAUAAAUCGUAUAAUGUGUACUGUAUAGUCGUCCAAUUUUCGUGUCACGUAAUUUGACGGGACUUCCAUAUUGUUAGGUAUUUUACUAUUUAGGUUCUCGUACAAUCCUGGCCAAUUUUGUAACUCGACGUUUGGACGACGUCUUAGUGUCACACGUAUAUAUUAUUACAUAGGUAGGUACAAUAAAUUAUUGUUGUAUUAUGAUAAUGAUAUAUUAUAAUAUGUGUUUGCGAAAUAAUAUUGUGCGUAGUUUUAAGAAGUUUUAUAUCUGAUGUAUGAAAAAAAAAUGUGUGUGGUUAUAUUAAAUUGUAGUUCAUAAUGUUUUAUUUGAAAUAAAAAUAUAAAACUUAAUAUUAAACAUAUACAA